AUGAAGAAACACAGCAGAAAACAGAACAAGGCUCAAGACGGCCGUCCAGCUGCCACAGUGGCUAGCUUACGUAUCAAAAUCCGGUGCCCGAAGGACUUCGGACUUCCCUAUGGAAAACACUAUAGUCCGAGCCUUCACGGAGAAUGUGCAGAUAAACGGUUCGAAACGAUAUCAUCGCUGGUUGGCCUGCCGGAGCCAACCGCAAUAACUUCUGGACACAGAAGGCAAUUUGAUUGCAAACGUUUCAUCACCAAUCGAGGUGACAUCAUCAGUGCGUUAUUGUGGAGCGUAGUAGUGCGUAGCGGUAGCACAACCACCAACCCACCGCUACGCACUACUACGCUCCACAAUAACGCACUGAUGAUGUCACCUCGAUUGGUGAUGAAACGUUUGCAAUCAAAUUGCCCAGCUCAGCGAACAAGCCAACGACCACCAUAUCUCAGAAAACCUAUCAUCGAGAUGAAUCUGUGUCCUGGAGCACGUCAUAAGCGCAAGAACAAGGAAAACUGUAAAAAAUCGUUCAUCCGCAGCACCAUUUCGGUGCCUAACUGUCAUGCCAUUGGAAUGAAGCACGAAGACUGGGAUACUGCCAAGUUUCCCAAGCCUACACAGGGAAAGUCCAGAGACAGAGGCCGGGUUAGAACCACGGACUUUCCAGUCAGUAAAUUUGAGCUCUGGCCACUGAGCUGUCUCGUCUCCAGGCAGACUGAAAACAAGACGAAUAAACACUGGCUGAUUACACCGAAUAUAAAUUUACAAUCGACACAUUACGAAAGUUAUGUCCGCCCCAGAAACGUUGUAUAUACAAGCUACCAGCUACAAACCUACAAUCAAAAGGACGGACAAGAUACUAAUUCAUUCGUACGAAAACUGAAAUAA